AUGGAGUCGGUUCCUGCCAGCGUCAGGACCGAGUCCGUGACGUCGCAUGGCAGGAAAAAGGACACCACAAUCUGGGGACAGCUUCGCAAGAUCGGCUUUUCCUCCACGGUUGUCCUCAGGGAGAAGAACGAGCCUCUUUGUCGGUCCCGUCUGGACUUGAUACUUAUCAUCGCUACAGAUGUGGAGAAGACCAGAUUCCAACAGUCCCUGAAAGACCCAUCAUCGCCCGCUUCUCCCGAAGCUUCUGUCUACAAGUGGGAUCAGCCUCGUCCUAUCCUUCUCAAACGGCGUCUUGGAAAUAUUGAAGAGAGCGAAGAAGUCAGCCGGUCAACAAAGAUCACUACCGAAGUUCACAAGGCCUACAUUGGGGCUAUCGCCGCCGACGUCCGCAUCCUUGACACCAAUGCCUAUGAAAACCGAGAAAUUGACCGCGACCAUGUCGCAGCCCUUAUCGAAGGGUUCAAGAGCUCGAAGACCUCGGUGUCGUUGAUAACACCUGUCGUUCAGUAG